CAACAUUUCCUUAACCGCAUCGCUCCAUCUUCCUCUUCCUUCGUCCAAAAUGUAACUCAAAGCGACAGAACAGUCUGUUUCAACCUGGAAAUCUGUGAAACCCUUCUCCAUAGCAUACAUUGUAGCAAUUAUAAUGGUGUAGAGCUCAGCUUCAAGGCUCGAUGACACCGUUAACGGGAAUGAAAUGGCAAAAACGAAAUCUCCUUCGAUGUUCCUCAUUAUCGCACCUCCAUAUGCCUGAUGAGGCAUGUGAAAAAGAGAAAGAGCUAGGGAGCUCUUGUUUGAUCAUAUUGUAUGCUGAUUUGAGGGAGAAGCUGCCAUCAUCCUCAGAGGAAGAAUCAAUGAGACACGCACACCUUGUUAAGGGGAGGCACUGUCCAUUUAUUUUGGGAUCCCGGUGUGGAUGAAUUUGGGUUAAUUGUAUUGAAUGAGAAACUACAAAAACUUGGUUGCACAUAGAAGAAGGUGAUUACGAGAAUAUCGAGGAAGAAGCUUCGGUUAGGAAUUAUCACAAUUUGAGUUUUCCAUGGUACUCCCCGGCCUGAUCAUAUUCAACCUCUCAAAUUGCAGGUAAAGGGAAUGAAUUUUUGUGUUGUGGUAUCUGCAUCACUGUUAUGAACCUGCAAAAGUGUGUGAGGAUUUUGAGCAGAGACGAUGACGAAGAAACGGUGGAAGGCGUCGACAAAGCAGUUUGCAAGUCAUAUUGACCCACAUAAUGAAGAAGAACUCAAAUGGAUCAAAAUAGAACUUGAGAAUAAUGUGAAAAGGAUCAUAAAGCUGAUCAAGAGCAAUGUAAACCAAAAGAGGAAAGUUGAACUGAUCCAACUGGUGGAAGAUUUCCACAAACAAUACCAAUCCCUUUACUCCCUCUAUGAUAAUCUAAAGGGAGAGGUGAGGAAAAAAUGCCGCGCAAAUAGCGACAGUGCUUCCUCCUCCUCCUCGUCCUCGGGUUCCAGCUUAGACUCAGAGUCAUACUUCUCUCCCGAGGAGUCUGCUGGAGUAGGAGGAAGAAGUGGUGGUUCAUCCGGUAGUGACUCUUCCUCGCGGAGGAGGAGGGCCAGUAGAAGCCAAGAAGAAGAGCUCAACCUUAACACUGUCGAAGCUGAAACUCCUCCUGAUUCUGAUGAUGUCAUUCUAAAGGAUACAUUAACGUCCACGACCGAAGUGAACGUGAACGAUUCUGAUUCAGCUUAUAACGAUGACCGAGUCCCCCGACCUGAAGAACUCAUCAUCAAAGACUUAGGGGUUCAAUCUGAAGAAAGUGAGAGCAAACUCAUCAAGGAAUGCUCCAUCUUAAAGGAAAAAUUGGCAGAUAAAGAUGAACAUCUUUUGUGCAUUACCAAGAAUUACGAGGAACGAAUUGCUGGUUUGAUCCUAGAACUUCAAAAUUCCCACUCUCUAACUACAGAGCUUGAAGAAAAUAUUAAGACCAAAUCUGAUGAGGUAAGUCGUCUAUCGGAAGAGAGUAAAACAACAUUUGAUCAUAUGAAGUGUUUAGAGGCUGAAAUUGAAAGUUUAAAUCUGCAGAAGGCUGCACUUGAAGAGAAAUUACAAUCCAGAUCCUUUGAAAUGGAAAGAAAACUUAAAGAAAAAGAAGAUGAACUUUCGAAUCUUCUUCGGAAACACAAGGACUUGCAACAGCAAUCAGAUCAAAGUUUUCUAGAAAGAUCUGAUCAAGUAGAGGAAUUAACAGAGAAGAUCAACUCUUUCCAACAAGAGGUUGGGUUUCUGAGGAAUAAAAAAGCAGAACUGGAAAUAUCACUUGACAUGAAAUCAAAAGAAGUAUCGGAAUGCCAUUUGAAGUUAGAAUCGAUGGAACAGAAAAUAUCACUAGAAGAGAAUAGCCAGAAGCCUAGUUUGAGAGAAGGCAGUUUGUCAAGUACAGAAAAGGAAAAACUGGAGAGAAAACUUGUCGAGCAAGAAAACACAAAUAAAAAACUGAAGAAACAAGUGAAGGAGAUGCAGGAGAAAUUUGAAGAAGCGAACAUGAACUUCCAGAAUGCAGAAAGGAAGAUCGACGAGAUGCUUGAGGAGUUGCGGAAGAAGUACGAAGACAGCCUCAGAAUCUUAAGCAGAAGGAUCAGAGUUGCCGAACAGCUCCACGCGGAGAACAAAGAAUGGUACCUCAAAACAAGAGAAACCUACGAGAAGGAAAACAACGUAAGUGUCAAGAAAAUCCAAGAAAUGUCAAUGGCUGCAAACGAUGCACUUGCUUCACUCGACACAGUUUCUCUAGACUUCGAGAAGUGCGCAUCGAACUUCAUUAACCGGAUCUCGAGCGCUUCGUGUGAGCUCAACUUCGCAAGAGAUCGGGUUUCGAGAAAGCACAAAGCGAUGGCCCAGAUCAAAGGUGACAUGAACUGCUUGCUUUCUCAGUUGGAUGAGAAGGAGGCAGAGAUAUUGGUUUAUAGAGAGAAAGUAUGGAAGUGUGAAAAUAAAGUGAGGGAUUUGGAGAAGACUAUCAAAGAAAGUGAGGAUUCAAUGUGUGAUCUCAAAGAGGAGAAGAGGGAAGCCAUCAGACAGUUGUGUGUGUGGAUUGAUUAUCACAGGAGCAGGUGUGAUUAUUAUAGGAAAAUGCUUACUGAAGUUGGCUUUGUUAAGGCUCCAUAGAUUAAUAAAUUGAUCUUCAUUGCCCAUUCAUUAUUUUUUACUUGAUGAAGAAUCAUCCAAUGCAUAAAACAGGUAGCAUAUUGAAUAAGCACUGUCAAGCUCUUACCAAACAUGCAUUCUCUUUGCAUUUUUGUAAAUGUCCCUAAAUCAAGUAUGGAGCAAUAUAUUACUCUGUAUAAAUGCAAUUCUGAUAUAAUUCAACAAAUUAAGAGCAUGUUUCUUAACGCUAGA